UCUCUUCAGAAAAGUUGUCAGACCAGUUUUCUCCAACAAGUUUGUAAACCUGACAUUACAUUUAAACUGUCUUCUGAGAGUGCCCAUUUCAAUUUUUGGGGGGGGUUUAGAAAAUAAAAAACUUUUAGUUGUUCCAAAAAAUCAUCUUCAAUCAGAAGAGCUUUUUGCUGCCGUGCUCCUCGUUUGUGGAACUCUAUUCCAGUUGACACUAGGCAGGCUGAAACUAUGGAUUCUUUGUAAAAUUGAAAACAUACUUUUUGGAAUUAGCUUUUAUAUAAUUGGUUGAAGCUGGGGUGUAGCACACAGAGGUGCCAGUUUGACAUACUGCAAAUUUAAAAAGCACCUGCCUAGGUAGAUGUACCUUUUAUUGAUUACACACUGUGCAAUGCAGUUUCGUAACUGACUAAAUUAAAGCAUACUGUAGUUGUUUUUUUAGUGUCCAUGUGAAAGGUCAAAUUGAAAAUCCUCCUCAAAGCAGCUCGUAGUCUAAGACAGCUUUUGGAGGCGGGUCAGUCGUGGAGUGAGAUAUAGUGGAUAAGAGGACCCACUAUAAAGGCAUUUCAAGUCAAAUUGGCCGUGGAUCAGUUCAAAAUGCUUUGCUGGGAAACAUCAGAAAUGCUCACAGAAAUCACACUCUCAAAGGAAUACUGGGCCAACCAUCAUCACAUAUAUGGAGGGUAUAUUUGUAACACUUUAAUGAGUGGCUCCUGGGCAGACAGAUCCCCACUUCAUGAGGCUGCAUUUCAUGGCAGACUUUUAUCACUCAAGACCCUGAUUGCACAGGGUUUUAAUUUGAACAUCACCACCAUAGAUAGAGUCUCUCCUCUUCACGAAGCCUGCUUGGGAGGCCAUGUUGCCUGUGCAAAGGUUUUAUUGGAAAAUGGGGCUAAUGUAAAUUCAGUCACAGUUGAAGGCAUCACUCCUUUGUACAAUGCCUGCUGUAGCGGCAGUGCUGCCUGUGUGAAUGUUUUACUGGAGUACGGAGCCAGAUCCCAGCCUGAAUGCCAGCUUCCUUCCCCAGUACAUGAAGCAACAAAGAGAGGUCAUAGAGAAUGCAUGGAGAUUCUGCUUGCUAAUGGGGUAAAUAUAGACCAAGAAGCUCCCCACCUUGGAACCCCACUUUAUGUGGCCUGUACCUGUCAGAAAACAGACUGUGUGAAGAAGCUUCUAGAGUUAGGAGCCAAUGUGGACCUGGGCAGAUUGCAGGACACUCCUCUUCACGCAGCAGCCAGAAAAACAAGCACAAAAGUAGUGGAGUUGCUAAUAGAUUACGGGGCGGAUGUGAAAUGCAGAAAUGUUGAAGGGAAGAGGCCGGUGGAACUCGCUGCCCCAAACAGCACGAUGGAAAGAGCGCUUUUACAACGAGAAGGUCCUGCUGCUCUGACGCAGCUUUGUCGACUUUGCAUACGGAAACAUUUGGGUCGAUCACGACUUCACAAAGUUUCCAGGUUAGAGCUUCCAGGACGAUUGAAAGGAUUUCUUCUCUACAAAAUUUGUUGAAUGUAGAUUUGAAGAUCUCCUGUAAGAUGCAGACCAUGGAGCUUACCGUCAAUCUAAUCCAACUGUCCGCAUAUCAUCCAAACACUCUAUUAUCAGCUCUACUGAAUACUAAUAAAGUAAUGCAGCUAAUGUCUUCAUAAAUAUUACGAUAAUACUGAUGAAGGCAUUAGUUGAAAUGUUUGCCUACUUGACUUAGCGUCUUCUAGUUUUACCCCGUAUUUACCAUUAUUCUCAUAAUGCAACUGGAUUGACAAUAAAUGCAUUGAUUAAAAGGGAUGUUCUCAAUCGAUACACAGUUGUUCCUUGCUCACUACUACAGUUGUAUAAAACACAACAGAACAACAGCAAAAUAGAUAUACUAGUGGAGAUAGUGAAUAUUUGUUGUGUUAUUAACAUCACAACACUUGACAUUUUACCGCGACCAGUGCUUUAUGAUUGUGCAUACUUCAAACAGCUUUUUUCAAAACUUAUCAAAAAGAUAGCUUAGGUCACACGUGAAAUGAAUUUGAGUGUUCUUAGUUAUUAGUAGGUCACAUCACAAAAUCAUUAGACAUUAUAUGAAACAAUAUUGGCACUGGGCUGGGGACAGAUAGGCAAGCAGACUGAACUUCUCCAUCAUCCUUCAACUGGAUGGUUCUCCAGGGCAGAGUUUAGAUAUGUGAAAAUUCACAUUGUUAUUGCAAGGAUAUAAAUACUGCAUAGAGCUUUCCUAUUGCAGGUUAUACUAUGAACAGACAUACCUGAGUUUGAUACCUAUAGCCACUGCUUAUAUGUAACAUGCUCUGGCAUGUCUUUCAACCUGUAGUGCCUAAAUUGAUUUACAUUAGUUGGAAGCUUUACUACGGGAACCUUGCAAUAACUGUACAGUCUUAAAAUCUCCAGAAACACCAUUUCCAAUGCUAAAACAAAUAAGAGACUAAUACUAUUCACAAGUCAUUCAAUGAAACUGCUGAGUUGUUUAUUUUUGUACACGUACUGAAUUAGGUGUGUCUUUACUUUUUGAAAAAAAAUAGUGCUCAUAAUGUUUUAGAGUAAGUAGCUGCACUUGGAAAUUUUGACUGUACGAUUAAACAAACGUUCUACUUCUUGAACAUCCGUUAAUGCCACAAAGCUAAGGAUUUUAUAAAUAAUAUAAAAAAACAUUUUUAAUACUUGUUUCACCCUGGAGGAUGUUCAAUAUAUUUCUAUUUAACUUCAAGAAAUAUAACUGCUAUUUUUUCUGUUAAAUGUUGUGCAAAUCUGUAAGCAUUGACUAACAAGUUACUCUGGUAGUAUGACUUUUUGUUUUGUAUUAUUCAAUCGUUUUUAUUGUUACUGAAUUGUCCUAAAAUACUAUUAUACAGUAAAACCCCAUUUGUCUCAACUGAAUCACCCCUUCCCCCAGUAUCACAUGUGAUGAGGCCUAAACUCCUGUUUAUGCAAAUGCCUGUAUCUAUGUAUUCUGUCUUUAGAGCUGUUGAGAUGAAGGGUGUUCUACUGUAGUUGCUUACUGAUUCUGUAGAAAAAAAAUCUAUGAAGUUGAUUUCCAGUUAAAUAAACAAAAAACAA